AUGUCCACCGAUAAAUCGCAUGUCAAAGAAUUACAAAAAGAAAUGAUCCGUGUGAGGAAGCAUUUGAAAGAUUGGGAGCAUUACUUUGAGAUCAAACAUAAACAUAAACCCACCGUUGAAAAUAUCGCCGAAAGGCCCAAAGUGGAAAAAGUGUACAAAGAGUAUAACCGAUUAAAGAAGCAAUUCAAACAAGCAAUAGCCGCCACCAAAUCCGCUCAUGCAUCAUCACAACCGGAUCUGCUCGGGUCAUCAUCGCAAGCAUCGCACUCAUGCCACGCUAGUCCUUCCAGUUCUCGCCGUGGCUCAUCAAUGUCGAUUGAAUUUGUGCGUUCUCCUACGCCCCGUUCGUGGUCCCGACGAAUGUCCCAAAGUCAAUCGUCUCCUUCUUCAAGGAGCCGAAAAGAGGCUGCGGAUAGUGUGAGACCAAGAGAGGAAGACGAAGGUGAUGAUCAACUGUUGAAAUCGGACGCUGAUUUCAGCCCGGCAGCUCAGGACGCAUUCUGGAUGGACGAUUCUUCGCAAAAGAGUCUGUUGGAGUCCGAUUCUCAAAAGAGCUUUCCUGAAGCAAGUUCUCAAGAGAGUCUCAGUAGUAGCCAAUCAUCCGUUCGACGACGGCGUAAAAAGAAUGUGGCGUUGGAACAGAAAUUGUUUGGCCAUUUGAUCUAUAAACCUCAACACACCUUUACCCAGCCCACUCAAUCCAUGCGAGUGACUGCCACCGCGGCAGAGAUAUCACCCAUCUUACCCUCUUCCCUCCCUCGAUUCCCUGCAACGCCUGAACUGACCAGCGAACCUGAUUCCCCCGAAGAAUUUACCAUUGAAACUCGCAUUCUCGAUCCUCUUCGUCACUACGAUGCGUCUCUCUUCAACUGGAACGAUCCCGACUUUUUCGUUCCUGCCGGCUUGUUUGCCAGUGUACGUGCACGUACCACCGUCACUACCCCUUUACUCAACGAACCCAAACGACGUGCUCGGGUCCUGAAGGAAUUGCAACAGGGCACACUUGGCGAGAAGAAAAAGAGGGAUGAUCUAGCGAAUCUUGACGAUGAACUGCAACGGUUCAUUCAAGAAAAUUCGCAACCUGAUCGGGAACCUUUUGCCACCGCAUCCGCGGAAGAACCGUCAUCCAUUUAUGUGAAAAAGCCUAUCCAGAAGCGGCAAACGCGACUUUACAAAUUGAAAUUUGUGGACACUGUGUAG